AUGCGCUCAACGAUUCUUCUUCUAUAAAUAAAAGAAUCUCUACUUCUCUCUCUUUCUCUAUCUCUCUCUCUCUCUCUCUUUCUCUUUCUCUUUCUCUUUCCGUGGAUCGAUGGCAGCUUCGGUUGAUCCUUUGGUGGUUGGAAGAGUGAUCGGAGAUGUGUUGGACAUGUACAUCCCCACCGCCAACAUGUCUGUCUACGUUGGCCCCAAACACAUCACUAACGGCUGCCAGAUCAAACCAUCAGCCGCAGUCAACCCUCCUAGAGUCACCAUCUCCGGCAACUCCGAUGAGCUUUACACCCUUGUGAUGACUGACCCAGACGCACCUAGCCCGAGCGAGCCGAACAUGAGAGAAUGGGUCCAUUGGAUUGUCGUAGAUAUCCCCGGAGGCACCAAUCCAUCAAAAGGCAAGGAGAUACUGCCAUAUACAGAACCGAGACCCCCUGUGGGGAUUCACCGUUACAUAUUGGUACUUUUUCGGCAGAGGUCACCGGUGGGUCUGAUGGUGCAGCUGCCGCCUUCUCGAGCCAAUUUCAGCACCCGAAUGUUCGCCGGACAUCUAGAUCUUGGUUUACCUGUGGCGACAGUUUACUUCAAUGCCCAAAAAGAGCCAGCUUCACGCAGACGUUGAUUCCACUAAGUAUACUAAAGAAUAACAACGAGAGCAUUUUCAGGGUUUUAUCUGAAAACCGGACUGGAAAGAAAUGUGGCUUUUAUAUGUCGAACCAUAUUUUAUAAUUCCGGUGCUCGCAAUAUAUCUGUAUAUGUAGUAUAGUUUACAUAGCCAUACUAAUAUGUUUGUGUGCUUGUGUUACAUGAAGUUGUUUGCGUAUAAUAUAUGGUUUUAGUUUGUGUGA